CCUUGAAGACAACCAACAUCCCCUGAUAAAAGUUGUACAGUACUCUCCACACAACAUCAAUUACUCACCUGAAUUUAUCCCCACUGUCCUUCAUUAUGGCAGACUCUAAUGGCUUAACAUUGACCGUCCUCGGCUCCGGCACAAUGGGCAUAGCCAUAAUGGGCGGUGUAAUGUCCUCCCUCCGGUCCUCCACCCCAUCCACCUCCGAGAACGCCCCCUCCCGCCUCCCAACCAAAUUCAUUGCCUGCGACACCUGGGCCCCCGCCGAAGCCCGCGUCAAGGAAGCCCUAGGGCACUAUAACCUCCCGCUCACGACGCUAACGAACCAAAACGUCAAAGGCGUCCAAGAAGCCGACAUCGUCCUGCUGAGCUGCAAACCCCAUGGCUUCAAAGACAUCCUGGGCGAGGAAGGCAUGCGCGAGGCGUUGAAGGGGAAAGUGUUGAUCUCGAUCCUCGCGGGCGUGACCCAAAAGCAGAUCGAGGAGUUCUUGUAUCCGGAGGGGGUGCCGGAGGGGGCAUGCAGGGUUGUCAGAGUCAUGCCGAAUACGGCCAGCUUUGUGCGGUCGAGUAUCAGCGUUAUCCAGACGAGUACUCCGCCGCUGGAGAAGGAGCAAUUGGCGGUAGUGGAGUGGAUAUUCAAUCAAAUUGGACGGACGGUGACGCUCGGGCCGCAGCUCAUGGACGUGAGCACUGCUUUGUGUGGGUCUGGACCGGCGUUCUUUGCGCUCAUGCUGGAGGCUGCCGCGGAUGGAGCGGUGGCUAUGGGGUUGCCGAGGGCGGAGGCGCAGAUGAUGGCUGCGCAGACGAUGAAAGGGGCUGCGGAGUUGGUGCUGAGUGGGGAGCAUCCAGCGGUGUUGAAGGAUAAGGUGAGUACGCCCGGUGGGUGUACGAUAGGAGGCCUUAUGGUGCUGGAGGAGGGCACAGUGAGGGGCAAUGUCAGUCGGGCGAUCAGGGAGGCAACGUGUGUUGCGAGCCAGCUGGGCCAGGGCGCUCAGAAUGUGAACGGAACGAGGCAUAAGCUGUAGUAAAGGUAUACGCAAGGGAAACGGGUUUGCCGAAGAGGCGUGCACUGCUCCUGGCGUUUACUGUAGAGAAAAGACUUGGCCAUGAUAUAUUGCAAUGAAUACCAAUCACGUUCAACUCGCCCAAGAACACAUGGGAG